AGGAGUGCUCGCUUUAAAAGCUAACUGGAGUUUUCUAACCCUUCCAAAGCUUGAACUGAGGACAUAUUUUUGUUUGCCCUCAGCAUCUUCAACUGCUAUUUUCACCACUUCUGUUCCCUCCUGCCCCUCUCAACCUUGUGACUUUUGGAUAGUAGGGGCUGUGGCAAGGUCUCUCCACUGACACAGUGUGAAUUAUAGGUGCCAUAACUAGGCAGCCCUUUCUUUUGGCUAAAGUUAUAGAUAAAUUAUUCUAUGUGAGAACUCCAUGGUUCGAAUGGUCUUAGGGUUAAUUGUCUUCCUGAACGAUUGAAAUUCUGUUGCUCCAGCUGGAAAGCUGUGGGAGAAAGUAGGCAGGCUUGUUUAGCAGACCUGUAGUCUCAUCCUCUGGUACAAGAACACUAGUUGUUUCUACGGUAUGACAGGAAGGACCACAUUCUUAAAAAGAGGAGGCUUGAGCUGCAUACAAAAACAACUGGCACUAAGAGUCUAUCAGACUCAGUGUUGCCGCGAAGGGUUUUACUGAGGCUCAUUAGGUUGGGAUAGAUUGUUUUCUGACUGUCUGUCCAUAUGGGAUGGUCUAUAGAAUUAUGUAGGAAAUGAUAACUCUUUUCUAUGUCUUUUUAACUAUGCUGUAGAAUUUACAGAAUUAAAUCCCUUCUAUUAGAUUAAAAACCUCUAAAAAUAAUAUUAUUCUCUACGCCACUCUAGGUUUUAGAGUAGUUUUUAUAGAACCUCAUUACAGCUCUAUAGAACUAUAUUUGGUUUAGUGCCUGUUAAAUUAAGUUUUCCAUAAGGGUGUAUGAUAGGGUGUGCACUCCACACUAGCCCUGAUGGAGUUAACGAGGACCUGAGAAGGCCAGUUGGGUUAUCUGGAGUCACCUGCAAGAGGGAAGGCCAGAGUUAAUUAAGAGAGAAGCCCAGCUGGGACACUGUAAAGCCAGGAGGCUGAAAACAAAAGAAAGCUGCAGUCGCUCCUUGUGAUGAGGGAGGUCAUCAGGGACAAGGAGGAAUUCCAGGGUGAGAGUAAGUCCUGAGAUCCUGCCUGGGGGUAUGGAGUCUAGCAAGAGGCUAGGAGGGGGUGAAGUAACCAUGGGGAGUAGAGUAGGCUCCCAUGGUAAACCCAGAAAUAGACAAGUGAUGACAGAAAGCUGUGUAGGAAGGAGCUCAGGGAAACAGCAAUAGGGACAGGGAUUGAGCAGACCUGGAUUGCUGGUGAUAGGGUCCCUGAGCUGGAACUUGGUUUAGCAGACACGCCUGGGUUCCCCUGGUAUAGUGGCACAGAGCCCCGAGCCGGGGCUGAACAUUGACCAGAGCAGGCCAUCCACAGGGGGAAAUUCUUCCCGGCUCAUCUCUAGCCAUUUUAAAUCCAUUUUGCACUGUAGGAUUUAGCAGAUGGGAGAAUCCAGCCAUUGGGCCUGAUUCUCCUCGUUCGUAUAGUAAUUCUAAGCCAGUGCAUCUCUUUUAAUUCCAGUGGAGCGAUUUCUGAUUCAUCCCAAGCAAGGGGAGAGUCUCAUAUAUCGAGUGCAGAGUGGGAGUGUCUCUUCCUUCUGUUAGGGCAGAAGGCUGCCAGGAAAGCAGGGGUUUGGAGAGAAUUUCUCCUUUGAGUUCUGGGCUAAGAUAAAAAGAAACUUGGGUUGGGAAAGCAUGAUGAGAAGAUGAGCCUUCUGUGGGCUUCCUGGAGAGGGAAAGUUAGGAAACAAAAGGGAAUUUUCUUUGAGACGUGUCUCGGGUAAGGAAUUUUCUUCAGUACAGUUAGCUGUGGCUGUGAGUUGGCUUGAAUUAAUCUGAUAUAUGUUAGUGAGUGGAGGAGUUAAUUUAUUCUAACAGCAGUUUGGUAAAGAUGUUCAAUCCUUGGUUGCAAAUUGGACAAAGGGGGGAAAAAGAGAGCUACUGAUUAGCUAAACUGAAUUUAAAAUAGUGGUGCAGCCUGUGUUUGAUUAAUAGACCGUUACAAAAUGUUAAUUUACAGAUAGACUGAGACUAUCACUGUGUGUCAAGCCCCCUCAUUUCCCAGGACUAGGACAGCAAAAGGAAGUCUUCAGGGAAUCCCAAAGUCCAGCAGGGAACUUGGAAGUCUACAAGUAGCUACCAACAACUUCAAGGCUUGCAGGGUCAGAUCCAAUAUAAAACUAUUCCCAUUAUGUGAAGCAAAUGCCUUUGGAGAGGAAUAUAAAUGCUAUGAAGCAUUCUGAGCUCUGCGUUCUUUAUUAGAGGCUGAACUGAAAUAAUGAAUUAGAAAUAAGAGGCAUAUUACAGAAAUGAACUUCAACCCAUUCAAGACAUCUUAAAUAGAACAGGUUAUAAAAGGUGGUGAUGUUUCUGCACUAUAAUAGGAAAUAUUCCUGCCAUUUGAUGAGAGACUUACUCAUCAUUUAUUGAUUCUAUGAGCGCUUAAGAGGUGAAGAGUUAAUAGCUUAAUAGGCUGCCUAUAGCCUUGAAUGUGCUUACUGAGCCGUUCCAACCCUCAUUCAUAUUACGUGUAAUUGUCUUCCUGAAGCAGAGGAUAUUUUUAUUUGUAUAACCCCUCCUUAAUUUGUUUCACUCAUUAUAAUGGUGGUGUUUCCCAUGUUUACUCAUCACUCAAUAUGUUAAUAGAAUUGUCUGUAAGGAGUUUGUCUUUAACAUGUAUUAGAAAUUUUUAUUAAUGUAUAGGUCACAUUUUCAGCUAAACACUCUGGAGUAGACCUUUCCUAAUUCAUUUCUAGGUGACUUGCUGUCCUUGAAACCCACUUCCUCCAGCUACGUUUCCAUGGCUGACCUUUACUCUGGUGCAAUCUACUUCACCCUUUCAACCCUACCUCAUUCUCAUAUCUAAAAAUCUGUCCUCCCAAGUCUCAUAUACAGUAUAUAUUUUGUGAAAGCAACGAAGAAGCCUUCUAUGUUUUGCCCCAUCUUUAAUUGGCUUUGGCCUUCUGGGUGCACAGAAGUCUUUGGGCCAAAGAUGCGGCUUGCCAUGAUGAGCCCUUACAGUGCAGGUUGGCUGUGAUGUUGACAAAAUGCAGGGAUGCUCUAGGUUCUACUGUGUGUUGACCCUGUUUUGGCUGGUUCCCCUGCAGGACACUAACAGCUUUUCAUUGCCAGAGUCUGUUGAGGAGGAUAAACAGUGCUACUGAGCAUGCCAGAGGGGAGUGUGUGCAAAACCACACUGGAGGUCUGGCAUAGAAUCAUAAAAUGUAGGGCUGGGAGGGACCGCAAGAAGUCAUCAAGUCCUUGCUUUGAGGUAGGACAGGUUUUUUCCAGCCUGUUCUUAAAAACUUCCAGUGAUGGGGAUUCCACAACCUCCUUUGGAUGCCUAUUCCAGAGCUUAAUUAUGCUUAUAGUUAGAAAGCUUUUCCUAAUAUCUAACCUAAAACUGCCUUGCUGCAGAUUAAACCCAUUACUUCUUGUCCUACCGUCAGUGGACACGGAGAACAACUGGUCCUCAUGGAUGAUUUAGUUGGGGAUUGGUCCUGCUUUGGCAGGGGGUUGGACUAGAUGACCUCCUGAGGUCCCUUCCAACCCUGAUAUUCUAUGAUUCAUUCUGUUUGUAACAGCCCUUAAUAUGUUUGAAGACUGUUCUUGGGUCCCGCCGAGUUUUCUUAAGACUCAACAUGCCCAAGUUUUAAAACUUUUCCUCAAAGGUCAGGUUUUAUAAACCUUUUAUUAUUUCUGUUGCUCUUCUCUGGACUCUCUCCAGUUUGUCCACAUCUUUCCUGGAGUGUGGUACCCAGAAUUGGAUGCAGUACUCCAGCUGAGGCCUCACCAGCGCCGAGUAGAGCGGGGCAGUUGCCUCCCAUGUCUUACGUAGGACACUUCAGUUAAUAUUCCCCAGAAUAUUAGCCAUUGUCACAACUGAAUCACCUUGACUCAUAUUCAAUUUGUGAUCCACUAUAACUCUCAGAUCCUUUUUCAAUAGUACUACCACCUGGCCAGUUAUUCCCCAUUUUGUAGUUGUGCAUUUGAUUUUUUUCCUUCCUUUGCACUUAUCUUUAUUAAAUUUCAUCACGUUGAUUUCAGACUAAUUCUCCCAUUUGUUAAGGUCCCUUUGAAAUCCAGUCUGGUCCUCCAAAGUGCUUGCAACUCCUCCAGCUCGGUGUCAUCUACAUAUUUUAUAAGCAUACUUUCCACUCCAUUAUCCAAGUCAAUAAUGAAAAUAUUGAAUAGUACUGAACCCAGGACUGUGGAACCCCACUAGAUACGCCCCCAUGGAAAUCCACUAGAUGCACCCUCCCAGUUUGACUACAAGCCACUGAUGACUACUUUUUGAGUACGGUUUUUCAGCCAGCUGUGCAUGGACCUUACAUAGUUGCAUCUAGACCACAUUUCCCUAGUUUGUUUAUGAGAAUGUCAUGUGAGACACUAUCAAAAGCCUUACUACAAUCAAGAUAUAUCAUGUCUAUUGCUUUCCCCACCCCCAUCCAUUAGGCCAGUAACUUUGUCAAAGAAGGAAAUUAGGUUGGUUUGGCAUGAUUUGUUCUUGACAAAUCCAUCCUGGCUAUUCCUAAUAACUCUAUUAUCUGGUGGGUGCUUACAAACUGAUUGUUUAAUAAUGUGUUCCAGUAUUUUUCCAAGUAACAAAGUUAGGCUGACCGGUCUAUAAUUCCCUGUGUUCUCUUUGAUCCAAGAGUAGGGUCAGCACAGAAAUAUCAACUGCUGGAAGGGUGGGGACCCAGGAGGAGGGAAGAAAGGCAGUUAACAAGGUGAGUCCUUGAUGGAAGAGCCCAGAGCUUUUAGAGGAAAAGAGGCCCCACCCAUUAGCCUGCCAGAGUCUCCUCUGCAAUUAUCCUUGCAGAAUGGCCAGAGGCUCAUUGUGACUAAGAGCUUUUAUAUGGACAGCAAGGCCAUUAUUCUUCCUAAGAUGGUUGGAAGAAAAACCAUGAGGGAGCUGGUAAGACAGCAGGUCUUUUACAUCCCUCCCCAUUUCUCCACUGUGAGUUUCCUUGCUGGGCAUAGUCCUUGAGGAAACCCCAGAUGAAUUUUGAUAGAAUGAUGCCUGUGAGCUGUUCUCACAUUUGCAGCCUUUAACAUGUUCCUGGAGUGGGGGGCAAGAGGUGGCACUUAAUGUCCCUGGCACAUUAGUUGGGUGAUUUCCUUUUCAUGGGCCCCCAAGGACGUGGGCAUUGUGAGGCAUUGCUGGGCCAUUUCUUAGUCUCAUGGAUAGGCUCACUGUUCCACAAGGAUGGGACCACUAUUGCUUAUUUACAUAUUGAACUGGACACUGACACAGGAAGCUUGGAUUCCUAAGGACAAGAUCAAUGCACUAAGGGAACGUAUGGCAAGAUUUAAAAAAGGAGGCCAAGGUAAUGUGGAAGAAAAGCUACCCUCUCAUGUUUCCUUGUACACAGUGGUUGUGCACUGUAUUUCCUCCUCAUUUCUUCUUCCACUGUUUUUUUACAGUUACACCCUCUGCUUCAUCUAACUACAUUUUUUUUUAGGGCAGGCUGGGGCACCUUGUUUAGUUUCCUUUUCUUAUCAUAACUCUUUGUGUGUCAACCAGCCUUCUGUGCCAUUGUAUGCUGGAGGGCAACAUACAGCCCUUAGGAAAUAUAUGAUGAUAAAAUAAUCAUCACUGAUGUCAUCAGUCACUGGGUUUGCUUUAAUGCUUGUUUUACUGUAUCCUGUAUCUCAUCAUGGUGCCAUUUCCCUAACUCACUGCCACAGGCUACUAGUCCAACACAAAACUCAGUCACAAUACAUAGGGGAAAUUCAGUGCACAGUUGCUGAGCUAUUGUAGAAGAUGUCAUGUUAGAAAUUUGGCUAAUUGCUGUCUCUCUUUUCAGGAGGAAUCCAUUAGGCAGACAUCCAUCUGCAUAAUUAUGAAAUAACUGUUUUUUUUUGUCAUCCUGUCCUUAAUCUCUCCACUUGCAUUUCUUCUAUUGGCUGAUUUCAUUCUCCUCCAGCCCAUUAGACUAACAAACCUUUAAGAAACUGAACUUCAUGACAAGGUAGGUUUUUCCAAGCUCUUCCAAACCCACUCUUUGGCUAUUGAUAGUACUUACGAACAUGUCCUCAAUGCCACUGUACUUAGCAAUAUAUCAUCUUUCUCUCCUGCAUCUGUUCUCUGUAAGUGGAAACAUUACCACAUGCUGGCUGGAUUACAAAAUCCAAACGAUACCACACAAAACAGGAGCAACUGCCAAGCAGAAAACAGUUGUUGCCACUUUUAUUUUCUUUGUGUCACAGCUGUUAAUCUCUUCCUUUAUUGGUGCUGUUGCUAAGCGUAGCUCUGAAUUAAGGGGAUCUAGGCAGUCUCAAGCCAACAAAAAAUAGACUAAUUUUUGCCUAGAAAAAGGAGAGAAUAUCUUUUCAGAUCAUUUACCACUUGAGGUAAUAAACUGGAAAGACAGUUAGGUUACUGCAGUUGUAUGUGUUUCAGCAAUGCUUUUUUGAAUAGACAUGUACAAUAAAUCAGCCUCAUGGAAAUGUAGGGCUGGAAGGGACAUCAAGAGGUCACCCUACCAUCCCUAAACUGUUGUACAGUACAAUGUCUUUGGCCUACGGGCGAUGCACUUUCCAUAUUCUUUCAGAUGGAAUAAAAUAUCACACACUACAGCUCAGAUCCUCAGCUGACUGGUGGGCACCACAGAAUUCAGUCAAGCAUUGAUUUACAUAAGCAGAGGAUAUGGGCCAUCCUUAUUGGCAUGUUGCAACAAGGAUCGGGAGGAGCAGAGGUGUUGUGAACUCCCAUAGCCUAGCCAUGUACCAUCCUUUUCACUUUUCAUGUCCUCUCUCCCCUAGGACUUGCCCUUGCCCCCUCUGGGAUGAAGUAGAUGUUGAGCGGAAUUUUAGGCCUAGGCAUAAUUUCCACUAUGUUAGAAGUAUUGCAACCAAACUAGAGCACCCAGCGGUAUGUUAAAGUGCAGUAGAAUGUAUGUGCCUGCCAGUUGUUUAUAAACCCAAGGACUGUUAAGAUAUCCUCUAUUUGCAGAGUGAAUUCAAUAUGAAAUGUAAAGUGUUGCUGCAAACUAAGGUGAAAGUGUGCGAUGCUAUUUCUUAAAGCAGAACAGUGAAGCUGUUGUCUUCUCUGAUCAGUGUAUGCCCCAGAGCUUGCCCGUGCGAGUGCAGCUUAUGGAACUGAAGGAGUGGGAGAGCGAGUGCUAGCAAAGAUUUCCAUAAAAUUGGUCAAAUGGAUUCAGUUAUUUCUGUGGUCAUUCUGGAGACCAUAGCUGGAGCUGUGGCAGCCAGCCAGCUCAGCUGUUAAUUCUACAACAAAAACAAAAUGCAAGAGUCGAGCACACACAAUGCCAUAAUCAAAUUCAGUGGUAGCUAGCGCCCAUGGUGGCACACUAAUCUCAAAUUGUCGUAUCAAAACAAGGUGCCACAUCAGCUGCUGCCAAUCCUUUUUGCCUAAAUAUACCCAGGGAAAACCCUGGCUGGAGGACAGCGGGAAAGGGUACAAAUGGUAACUUUGGAGGGCGGGGGAGUAGUGAUCCACCUCUUCUCCUACAGCUUCUUGGGAUAAGUCUUUUUUCCUCUUUGUUUUCCCCUGGAUGUAAGCAGAGUCAGGAUGAGCUCUACCCUGACAUCUGGUGGCGAGUCAUGGUGGGUUGUGGAAAAGAACUUCAGGGGCUGAUCUCAUUUGCAUAGGCACACCCACCCUGCCUAGAUGGUCACUUUGGCUGCUGUAGGAGCCCCAGUUUCUCUGUUGUUGGGGCAGGAAUAAACUGUUGUUAUCCUGAUUAUGUGAAUCAAGGACAGUGGAACUGUACUUGGCCUUUUGUUAUGAUGGAGGGACUCACCAUCAACUAAGGAGCACUCGCUAGGCAAGGGUCAUGGGUUCCAAAACCCAGUGAAUGGAGAGAGGCUGGGGAUAGGUAUUAAUACCUGGUGGUAUGGGUCCUAUGGUGAGGGCCUUACAUGCUAAUUGCACUUCCUCCUCUCUCCACUGUGGAAUAUCAGAGCUAAUUUUGAUUCUAUUAGGAAUCUAGUUACAGGCUGCUGAGCUGAAUUCACUUUGGGCCAAUGGUGCAUCAGCACUGAGGCUCCCCUACUACAAGCUGAAAUCACAAAUGAGCUAAACUUACAAAGAGCUGAAAUCUCUGAGUGUUGUGUUAAGUAGUGGGGGAGCCUGAAGAUAUAUUGCAGAGCAGUUUGUGGGAUGGCUGGCAGAGCAGAGCGGCUGGUGGAGCGGAGCAAGUUUUGGGAUGCCUGGAGCAGCUCAUGGGGGCGGCUGGCAGAGCAGAGCGAUUCGUGGGACGGCUGGUGGGGUGGAGCGGAGCCCUAUGGAGAGGUGGGGCAAUUGGCUUUGGGCCACGCAAGGUGCCCCUUAACAUCCCCCCACCAUCUCCACCCAGGUUGGGAAGUAAAACUCCGCAGAUAAACUUUCGAAUUCUGGGGCUGCACUGACCAGGGACAGAGAUUUUUGGGGUGUUGGACUUUUGGGACUUCGGGUGAUUUUGGGUUGCUGCACUCAAGAACGAAAAGGGAAAGGACAUGCCCCAAUUUGCUUGAGGUGGGUUUUUUGCUCAUGAGUUGUGUUAGGAAUCCUGUUUGGUGUUUCUCCAACAUAAUGCCACAUUGUUUCUCUCUGUUAUUAAAAGGCUUUGCUACACUCAGACUCUGUGCUUGGGAGAGGGAAGUAUUGCCUCUUGGAGGCGUCCAGCGGGGUGGUAUAUAUUUGUCCCAGGUCACUGGGUGGGGGCUCGAGAUGGUUUUGCAUUGUGUUAUUGGAAUGGAACCCCUAGAUACUGAACCCGGCCCUUGUUGCUGCCAACUCUGAUGGGCAGAAGGGUUACACUAUAUAAUUUGACUACUCAGAUUCAGGGGUUAGUAUAUACAAACUCUGGUGCCUAUAUCACAAUGAUAGAGAAACACAUGGCCCAACUUUGUACGAUUUCUGUUGAAGUCAAGGGAUUUGAUUCUUCUCUGACUUACUACAAUUGUAUGGUGGUGUAUUCUAGUGAUUUCAGUAGUGUUACUCCUGACUGAGGUGGUGAUAGCAGGUUUGCAGGUGCUGGAAGGGAUAUACGGAAUGUUUUUGAAUAGCUCCACUCUUUCUUUCAGAGACAUAUGGGACAGAAGUUUUGGGUAGCUGUGUAUGUUUCCUGAAGACUCUUACAUGGCAUCACUCCUCAUAUUCAGCAUGCACAUGGUAGCCACACCAGUGAUGAUAUAAUUAAAUUAUACACACAAUCAUAGAAAUGUAGGGUUGGAAGAGACCUCAAGAGAUCAUCUAGUCAGAUGCGUGUAAAAUCUUUAAUAAUAGAAAAAGGCACAGAGAUCCCUUUCCCACUGAUCUCAUGUAAAUAACAGGUAUGUGAACAUCUGUCAUGCCCAUGACACUAUCUGAUGGUGAGACAAAUAUCCUACUCAUGCACAGUAAGGCAUCAGAAUCCCAUUUUGGGCAACCAGGUCUAAAGCCUAAAGCCUGCGCUGCUGUCAGUGGAUUGGGAGUGUUCUCCAGGGGACCCUAGGUUGGGGGUUGCAGUGUAGGGGAGCCAUGACUCCAUAGCAUCCUUUUCCUUCGAAACAUAAUAGCAGGAGUGGGUGCAAUGGAAUUUUGGGAGCAGAAAAGGGGUAUUAUGCCUGGCAUUAUCCUCUGUUGGCUCCAUCACUAUUCCGAUGGGUACAGUCUGCAGCUGCUACUAUGCAGCAGAGAAGGAAACGAAGAACCAGAGCUGUUUCACAGAAAAGCUUGGCCCUUCAUGGAUUGGAAGUGCUGUUCCCUAAAUUUUGGGGAUCCACACAAUGGAGCGGCUGUACCUUAGCCUUUUCCACAGCUCCCCUGGCCCUCUUGAGGAGAAAAUUUGAUAGAGAAUCAUGAGGUGAGCCUCAUGGAGUUACUGGGCUGCCUCCUCACUUCCAAGGGGGUAUUUCCAUGGCAGGGUAACAACUUGCAAGCAAAUUACCAUGUUGGGAGGGUUUUCUUGAAUCAUAGAAUAUCAGGGCUGGAAGGGACCUCAGGAGGUCAUCUAGUCCAACCCCCUGCUCAAAGCAAGGCCAAUCCCCAACUAAAUCAUCCCAGCCAGGGCUUUGUCAAGCUUGACCUUGAAAACCUCUAAUGAAGGAGAUUCCACCACCUCCCUAGGUAACGCAUUCCAGUGCUUUACCACCCUCCUAGUGAAAAAGUUUUUCCUAAUAUCCAACCUAAACCUCCCUCACUGCAACUUGAGACUAUUACUCCUUGUUCUGUCAUCUGCUACCAUUGAGAACAGUCUAGAUCCAUCCUCUUUGGAACCCCCUUUCAGGUAGUUGAAAGCAGCUAUCAAAUCCCCCCUCAUUCUUCUCUUCCGCAGACUAAACAAUCCCAGUUCCCUCAGCCUCUCCUCAUAAGUCAUGUGUUCCAGUCCCCUAAUCAUUUUUGUUGCCCUCUGCUAGACUCUUUCCAAUUUUUCCAUAUCCUUCUUGUAGUAUGGGGCCCAAAACUGGAAACAGUACUCCAGAUGAGGCCUCACCAGUGUUGAAUAGAAGGGAAUGAUCAUGUCCCUCCAUCUGCUGGCAGUGCCCCUACUUGUGAGUCAACAAGGGCACACUGUUGACUCAUAUCCAGCUUUUCGUCCACUGUAACUCCUAGGUCCUUUUCUGCAGAACUGCUGCCUAGCCAUUCGGUCCCUAAUCUAUAGCAGUGCAUGGGAUUCUUCUGUCCUAAAUGCAGGACUCUGUACUUGUUCCUGUUGAAUCUCAUCAGAUUUCUUUUGGCCCAAUCUUCUAAUUUGUCUAGGUGCCUCUGUAUCCUAUCCCUACCCUCCAGCGUAUCUACCACUCCUCCCAGUUUAGUGUCCUCUGCAAACUUGCUGAGGGUGCAGUCCACGCCAUCCUCCCGAUCAUUAAUGAAGAUAUUGAACAAAACUGGCCCCAGGACCGACCCUUGGGGCACUCUGCUUGAUACCGGCUGCCAACUAGACAUGGAGCCAUUGAUCACCACCUACUGAGCUCGAUGAUCUAGCCAGCUUUCUAUCCACCUCUGUUGAUUGGCUCUCCAGAGGACCAGGCAAUGCUGUAAAGCACAAACGUACAUUUCCUCCUGAAAAUUGCCCACAUCACCCAUGGUUUUUCUCUGUAGUUAGAUGCAUGAUGACCUAGGACUAUGCAAGUAAUUAAUGGACUAGUCACUAAAUGAAUGUGAUUGUUUGUGCUGAACUAUAAAUAGAAGUAGUACAAAUGGGAAAGUGCCUGUGAUGUUACCCGAUUGGUUUCAUUACUCCGUUAGUUUGGCAUAUUUCUAGGGCUGGUGUUAAUGAAAGGGGAGUAUUGCCUCAGGAAAAUGCAGGGCCAUCAGUGAGACUUCUGUAAUAAACAUUAGGAUGCAGUCUGGGCUAGGAAUAUUUAAGGGAGAUAUAUUCUGUGCUAUGAUCUGAUCUGUUGGGACCAAUAUAUAUUACUUAUUAGCUUUUUAUUUAAAUAUUGUGUAGCAGGGAGGGGGAAGGGUGACUCUUAGGAUUUCCUAUUUGGGGUUACAAAUUUUCUAUAAAACAGUUGAUAAGCAGCAGCCUGUUUGCUUGAUUGGAAGCUCCAAUAUAUAUUGUGAAUCUCAUAUCAGUGACUCAUUCAUUUUUCACAUUGCUGUUAAGUAGACCUGGAUACCUCCAUGCUGGAGGGCUACAUCUAGCUGCUCAGGAGUGGAAUUAAUAUCUGUCAACUUCUCCUGCUUUAUGAGGACAAUACAAUUAAGUUGUAUUCUGAAACCGGGAAAAAAUGAGUCUGUGUGUCUCUCCCCUCCAGCUCUUUAAUAAGGUUCUCUGCUUCAGAUCCAGUUAUAGACCUUUCACAAAAUCAUUGCUUUGUUUGUGUUUGUAUGCACUAUUGUUUUAGCCGUGUCGGUUUCAGGACAUUAGAGAAACAAGAUGGGUGAGGUGAUACCUUUUAUUGGACCAACUUCUUGAGCUACAAAGAGCUCUUUUUUCUGACCUGUGUAAGCUCUAAAGCUUGUCUGUCUCACCAACAGAAGUUGGUCCAAUAAAUGAUACUACCUCACCCGCUUUGUCUCUUUAAAUUAAAAUUGGCCACUUUAUGAUUACUCUAAUUUACACCUUUCUGUUCUCUCCUAUUCAUGGCUUUUCCUGCUACGCCUCUCUUCCAAAUCCUCAGCAACAUCAGUAUAGGCUCCUGGUGUGAAUUACACCAUGACCAAUCAAUUUAGUGUAAUGUGUAAACUGAGAAAGCCAGAAGGUUAAAUUACAUCAAGUUAGCCUCCCUUAGAUUCACCCAGACUCAUCUCUAAACUUAUUCCUGCAUCUCUAUUCCUUAUUCAGGAAGGAAUAAGGGCCAUAUUCCAGCUUUGGAUACAUAUGUCAGUGGGAGCCCUCUGAAAGGCUGUCUGAAGCCAGGACUUUACUCUACAGAUAUAGAGUUAACUCUGAACCUGUAAAUCUCAUGGAUUUGCCAGCAUGCCUGUGUUGCUCACUGUUUAAACAUGAAGAGGUUUUUUUCAGUAUUGUGUUUUGGAAAUGCUUAAGCUGAUGACUAUUCCAUAGGGAUCUCAUUUUAAAGAGAGUCAGGUGGCAAAGCUUUCUCACCAUUCAUAAAAAUGGCAAAAGAGGGUAGAUAGAUAGGAACCCUUGUAGAUGUUCCACAGAUUUUCUCAAGUAAAUAGUUCUGUGAGAGCUGUGGAUAUUAAAUACAGUGUCCAACAGACACAGCUUCUCCACAGGGAUCAAGUCAGAGCUACCAGAAUCAGAACUCUUUGCCUUGGUUACUUCUCUCUGCUCCUACAGUAAUAAACAAAUCUAGGUUUCAGCAACACCUACCUUUAGGCAAUAUGGACGCAAAUAACUGCUAGUCCUACAUACCAGGAUAGAUUUUGAUUAUUGAAAAGAAGAUCAAGAGGUGAAUUGAUCAUGGUCUAUAAGUAUCUUCAGAGGGAAAAGAUAUCUGACACUAGAGAGCUCUUUAGUCAAGCAGGAAAAGGCAUAAUGAGAUCCAGGAGUUGGAAGUUGAAAUGAGACAAACAAACUUAACUGGGAAAUAAGUGGAAUUUUUGAAGUGAGAGUAAUUACCCACUGGAACAGCAUACUAACGCAUGUCUUGUCAUUUCAGGUCUUUAAAUCAAGGCUGGAUGCCUUUCUAAAAAAAAUCCCGUAGUUUAACCACAGGUUAUUGGACACGAUGUGGGAACUAUUGGAUGGAAUUCUGUGGCCUGGGUUAUGUAGGGGGUCAGACUUGAUGAACACAGUGGUCCUUUCUGGCUUUAAAAUUUAUGAAUCUAUUAAGAGAAACUUUCAUAAACAGAAAGAAGCUCACAAUGAUGUUGUCAAGCAGGGGUGGCCAACCUGAGGCUGAGGAAGAGCCAGAAUUUACCAAUGUACAUUGCCAAAGAGCCACAGUAAUAUGUCAGCAGCCGUGCCAUCAAAGCCCCCCCGCUCCCAGCGCCUCCCACCCACCGGCAGACCUGCCAAUCAAUGCCUCCCCUUCCCUUCCGAUCAGGUGUUUUGUGGUGUGCAGGAGGCUCUGAGGGGGAGGAGAGAGGGCACUGCAGGCUCAGGGGAGGCAGCGGGAAGGGGUGGAGUGGGGGCAGGGCCUGUGGCAGAGCCAGGGGUUGAGCAGUGAGCACCCCCCAGCCCAUUGGAAAGUUGACGCCUGUAGUUCCAGCCCUGGAGUCGGUGCCUAUACAAGGAGUCGCAUAUUAACUUCUGAAAAGCCACAUUUGGCUCCGGAGCCACAGGUUGGCGACCCCUGUUUUCAAGGAUGCCUCAACUAAGCUCUCAGAAACUGAGUGACAACUCCCCAACAGCAAAUAAAAGGUGCAUGGUCCUGAAUGCACUCUAAUAACUGCCAGUGGAUUGUACCUAGAGGGAAUAAUUGUUGGCUAUAUAUGUCCUGGCUAUGCAUAGGCAACAGAUAAUUGCUAAUGAGACAGGUUAUCUUUCACACAAAGUCAAGAAUGCUUUUCAAGCACGCAAAAAAAAAAAAAAAAGUAAAAUCCCUUAUCUUGCAUUGCUGCAUAUAAAAGAUUCGAUAUGGAAUAACUGUUCAAAAUACCAUUUCACAAGGAGAUUACUAGAAAUGGAUUCCUUGAAUAGAAAAUAAGAUUUUUAUAAUCCUUUAGUAAUUUGUUGUUUUGAUCUUUGCAUUUAAUUUUUUUAAUUGUAGGUGGCAAAUGUUAGAUGGGUAGUAUAAGGUGGGUGGGAUGAUGGUGAGUGAUGCAGGAAUUUAUAGUAGUGGGAACUAGUUGAAUCCUUUAACUGAUCACUUCCGGAUUAAGGGCCUGAUUCUCAUUCAUGGUUAGGUCCCUUUAUACUGCUCUUGCAGCCUAUCGAAGGGGUGGCCUUAGCGUGGGUGUCAUGUAAUUUAGUCUCAUUUUAAGGCUUCUUUAUAUUACCAGACCAGUGUAAAAGGGGGCUUAGUGUAAAUGAAAAUCAGGCCCUUAACCUUUGGGUUUUUUAGUUGUCUCAGAGACACAAUUCCUUCCCUGGACUGCUCCUGGGGCAGCACAGCUUCUAUUGGCUAGAAGCAAUGUUUCAAUCUGGCCCUUAAUAAAUAACAUCUUUUUUUUAAGUUCAAUAUCUGUAUUUUAUUAAAUUUUACAGAACUGCAUGUACUGUAUUAGAAGACAGAAUUGCAUUAGUGAUACAUAAUUUCAUUUCUGGUCAGACUUCAAAUAAUUUCCAUAUUCCUGUGAAACUAAUCUCAAGUCACUGUGCUUCAUCUUCCACACUAUCUGUCUUUCUGAGAUGUAAUAUAAAAACACUCCCCACACAAAACACAGGGCAUACAGAGUAUUAAUUAAUAAAGUAUAGCAAUAGACCCCGAGGAAUCAUAGACUAUUCACUUACUUGCACAAGAAUAAAAUGCCACUCUCUUCAUUUAGGCUGAUGCGAAUGCUCAUUUAUGUUCUUCCUUUCAUCCCAAAAGGAUCCUGAUGUAUUUUACAAACUGAUAUAAAUACUCUUUAUAGGCAUAACUGCAUCCACUGAAACACAGUGGUUUAGGUGAAAUGUGGCAACUCAUUAACAAGUGCACAGAAACUACUCAACUUUACAUUUGAAAUUUCCAGGAGAGGCUAAAUAGGCAAGAUUACCCAAAUUGGAUCUUGGUCAUGACAGGUUAAACCCAAUCUAUCUACUGCUCUUACAUAGAUUUUCAUGGAAAAUGCCAUGUUAACAAUGCCAUAUAAUCAAAAGAUGGCAACGCCAGUAUUAGCCCUGGUCUACACUAGGACUUUAGGUCGAAUUUAGCAGCGUUAAAUCGAUGUAAACCUGCACCCGUCCACACAAUGAAGCCCUUUAUUUCGACUUAAAGGGCUCUUAAAAUUGAUUUCCUUACUCCACCCCUGACAAGUGGAUUAGCGCUUAAAUCGACGUUGCCGGCUCGAAUUUGGGGUACUGUGGACACAAUUCGAUGGUAUUGGCCUCCGGGAGCUAUCCCAGAGUGCUCCAUUAUGACCGCUCUGGACAGCACUCUCAACUCAGAUGCACUGGCCAGGUAGACAGGAAAAGAACCGCGAACUUUUGAAUCUCAUUUCCUGUUUGGCCAGCGUGGCAAGCUGCAGGUGACCAUGCAGAGCUCAUCAGCAGAGGUGACCAUGAUGGAGUCCCAGAAUCGCAAAAGAGCUCCAGCAUGGACCGAACGGGAGGUAUGGGAUCUGAUCGCUGUUUGGGGAGAGGAAUCCGUGCUAUCAGAACUCCGUUCCAGUUUUCGAAAUGCCAAAACCUUUGUGAAAAUCUCCCAGGGCAUGAAGGACAGAGGCCAUAACAGGGACCCGAAGCAGUGCGGCGUGAAACUGAAGGAGCUGAGGCAAGCCUACCAGAAAACCAGAGAGGCAAACAGCCGCUCUGGGUCAGAGCCCCAAACACGCCGCUUCUAUGAUGAGCUGCAUGCCAUUUUAGGGGGUUCAGCCACCGCUACCCCAGCCGUGUUGUUUGACUCCUUCAAUGGAGAUGGAGGCAAUACGGAAGCAGGUUUUGGGGACGAAGAAGAUGAGGAGGAGGAGGAGGUUGUAGAUAGCUCACAGCAAGCAAGCGGAGAAACCGGUUUUCCUGACAGCCAGGAACUGUUUCUCACCCUGGACCUGGAGCCAGUACCCCCCGAACCCACCCAAGGCUGCCUCCUGGACCCAGCAGGCGGAGAAGGGACCUCUGCUGCAUGUGUUUCAAUGAUCACAGGAUCUUCUCCUUCCCAGAGGCUAGUGAAGCUUAGAAAGAAAAAAAAACGCACUCGCGAUGAAAUGUUCUCCGAGCUCAUGCUGUCCUCCCACACUGACAGAGCACAGACGAAUGCGUGGAGGCAAAUAAUGUCAGAGUGCAGGAAAGCACAAAAUGACCGGGAGGAGAGGUGGCGGGCUGAAGAGAGUAAGCGGCGGGCUGAAGACAGGGCUAAAGACAGGGCUGAAGCUCAAAUGUGGCGGCAGCGUGAUGAGAGGAGGCAGGAUUCAAUGCUGAGGCUGCUGCAGGCCCAAACCAGUAUGCUCCAGUGUAUGGUUGAGCUGCAGCAAAGGCAGCUGGAGCACAGACUGCCACUGCAGCCCCUCUGUAACCAACCGCCCUCCUCCCCAAGUUCCAUAGCCUCCACACCCAGACGCCCAAGAACGCGGUGGGGGGGCCUCCAGCCAACCAGCCACUCCACCACAGAGGAUUGCCCAAAAAAAAGAAGGCUGUCAUUCAAUAAAUUUUAAAGUUGUAAACUUUUAAAGUGCUGUGUGGCAUUUUCCUUCCCUCCUCCACCACCCCUCCUGGGCUACCUUGGUAGUCAUCCCUCUAUUUGUGUGAUGAAUG